GAAAAGCAAAGUUGUAUAGUUGUAAAACUUUCAUUAUGUCGUAACAGGUACUUGUAUGGAAAGAAAGUGGAAGGUGUGGCCUUUGUCCUCUUUGGAGUGAAAAUAGAUGAUGCUAAAAGGAGUAUUCCGGACUCACUCACGAGAAUUCCGAUUAUUGAUGGAGAUGGGGAAGCAGUACUAAAAAGAAAUACACUACGUUCUCGAUUUCAAAAUCUCACUGAGCUUGUUGGUCAUACUCUGUAUGCAUCUGUAACAGUCAUGACAGAAUCAGGCAGUGAUAUGGUAGUGACUGAGCAAAGCGGCAUUCAUAUUGUGACAUCUCCCUAUCAGAUCUACUUCACAAAAACCCCCAAAUAUUUCAAGCCAGGAAUGCCAUAUGAACUGACGGUGUAUGUUACCAACCCUGAUGGCUCACCAGCUGCCAAUGUACCAGUGGUAUCAGAGCCCAUUCGUUCUGAGGGAACCACUUUGAGCGAUGGGACUGCUAAGCUCAUCCUGAACACACCACUGCACACCCAAAGCCUACGGAUCACUGUUAGAACCAACCAUGGAGACCUCCCAAGACAUCUCCAGGCAACAAAGUCCAUGACAGCCACAGCCUAUCAAACUCAGGGAGGAUCUGGAAACUAUCUUCAUGUAGCUAUUACAUCUACAGAGAUUAAGCCCGGAGAUAACUUACCUAUCAAUUUCAAUGUGAGGGGCAAUGCAAAUUCACUGAACCAGAUCAAAUAUUUCACAUACCUUAUAUUGACUAAAGGGAAGAUUUUCAAGGUUGGCAGGCAACCCAGGGGAGAAGGGCAGAAUCUGGUGACCAUGAAUCUGCGUAUCACUCCAGAUCUCAUCCCUUCCUUCCGGUUUGUGGCUUACUACCAAGUGGGAAACAACGAAAUUGUGGCUGACUCUGUCUGGGUGGAUGUGAAGGAUACCUGCAUGGGAACGUUGGUUGUGAAAGGAGCGUCUUCCAGAGACAAUCGAAUACAAAUGCCAGGAGCUCCAAUGAAAAUCAAAUUGGAAGGAGAUCCAGGUGCUCGGGUCGGUCUUGUGGCUGUGGACAAAGCAGUAUAUGUUCUCAAUGAUAAAUAUAAGAUUAGCCAAGCCAAGAUAUGGGACACAAUAGAAAAGAGUGACUUUGGCUGUACAGCUGGCAGUGGCCAGAAUAAUCUGGGUGUGUUUGAAGAUGCUGGACUGGCUCUGACAACCAGCACUAAUCUCAAUACCAGACAGAGAUCAGAUGCAAAGUGUCCUCAACCUAGAAAUCGGAGGCGUCGCAGUUCUGUUUUGCUGCUUGACAGCAAGGCAAGCAAAGCGGCACAGUUUCAGGAUCAAAACCUGCGUAAAUGCUGUGAAGAUGGUAUGCAUGAGAACCCCAUGGGGUACACUUGUGAAAAGCGUGCAAAAUACAUCCAGGAGGGAGAUGCUUGUAAGACUGCCUUCCUUGAAUGCUGUCGCUACAUCAAAGGGAUCCGAGAUGAAAACCAACGGGAGAGCGAGUUGUUUCUGGCAAGAAGUGAUUUUGAAGAUGAAUUCUUUGGAGAGGACAACAUCAUAUCCAGGUCUGAUUUUCCUGAGAGCUGGCUUUGGCUAACAGAGGACUUGAAAGAGCCGCCUAACAGUCAAGGGUAUUGGAGUUCUGCUGUUUAUAUUAACUCACUUUUCAGUUAUUGCAGAAUUUUUACAGGAAUGGGGAAGAUGGUGUUUCUUCCAAGAGAAAAGGAUCAGAAAAGGGGAGGAACUAAAGGUGCUGAACCAGAAGUAUCUUUAACAGCAUUCAUUCUGGUUGCAUUAUUGGAAUCCAGAUCAGUCUGCAAUGAACAUAUCAAUAUUCUAGACAGCAGCAUCAAUAAGGCCACAGAUUAUUUACUCAAAAAGUAUGAGAAACUGCAAAGACCUUACACUACGGCCCUCACAGCCUAUGCUUUGGCUGCUGCAGAACGACUCAAUGAUGACAGGGUACUCAUGGCAGCAUCAACAGGAAGGAAUCGUUGGGAAGAACAUAAUGCUCACACUCAUAAUAUUGAAGGCACUUCCUAUGCCUUGUUGGCCCUGCUGAAAAUGAAGAAAUUUGCUGAGGCCGGUCCUGUAGUCAAAUGGCUGAUAGAUCAGAAAUAUUAUGGGGGAACAUAUGGGCAAACCCAAGCAACAGUUAUGGUGUUUCAAGCUCUUGCUGAAUAUGAGAUUCAGAUGCCUACCCAUAAGGACUUAAACUUAGAUAUUGCUAUUAACCUGCCAGAACGAGAAGUGCCUCUACGGUACAACAUUAAUUAUGGAAAUGCUCUCAUGGCCCGGACAGCAGAGACCAAACUCAACGAAGACUUCACUGUGUCAGCUUCAGGUGAUGGAAAAGCAACAAUGACCAUUUUGACGGUCUAUAAUGCACAAUUGCGGGAGGAAGCAAAUGUUUGCAACAACUUCCAUCUUACUGUUUCUGUUGAAAAAGCCCAAUUGAACGUAAAAGCGGCAAAGGGAGCCAAGGAUACCCUCAGGCUUAAAAUAUGCACUAGGUAUUUGGGAGAAGUUGAUUCUACAAUGACAAUAAUUGAUGUUUCUCUGCUGACUGGUUUUCUCGCUGAUGCAGAAGACCUUAGGAGGCUUUCUGAAGGAGUGGACAGAUACAUCUCCAAGUUUGAAAUUGACAAUAAUAUGGUUCAGAAAGGAACUGUUGUCAUUUACUUAGACAAGGUCUCCAACUCUGAAAUUGAAUGCCUGCAAUUUAAGAUUCACAAGCAUUUUGAAGUUGGCUUCAUUCAGCCAGGAUCAGUCAAGGUGUACAGCUACUACAAUCUAGAUGAACAGUGUACCAAGUUCUACCAUCCAGAUAAAGGAACAGGUCUUCUCAAUAAGAUAUGUCAUGGUAACAUUUGCCGAUGUGCAGAAGAAUCCUGUUCCUUGCUCAACCAGCAGAAAAAGAUUGAUCUUCAGUUACGAAUUCAAAAAGCCUGCGCCCCAAAUGUGGAUUAUGGUAUUUAUAUU